AUGAACUCCAUUCAUAACCUCAUAGUAACAUCAUUAGAACGAUCAUCAAACACAUUCGGCACCACAAGCGAAUCGAAAAUCAUGUCUAGCAGAAGUUCAAGAACAUCAUCAGGGUCCAGGGAUGAUGAGAUUAGUGGUCUAAUCUUCAGGCUACAAAGACUCUUGCCCAAUUCAAGCUCAAGAAACAAAAGGGCACACCCAUCGAAAACGUUGGAAGAGGUCUGUAAUUACAUUAAAAAACUGAACAAGGAUGCUGAUGAUCUCAGUGAUAGAAUCUCUCAGCUUUUGGCAUCUGGUGAUAUUAAUGCCAAUGAUGCAGAAACUAUCAGAAAUCUUCUUCAGCAGUAGAGAAGCAAGAUGGACCAUAUUAAUUCCACUUUGUCUCCUUUUGUUCUUCCUUCACUGUUAUAUUAUUGUAGUUUGAGAAGCAGAGAUAAAGACAUAUAUAUUUGUAUGGGUGUGACUUUUACUCUUCUAUGAGAAGUUUUGAAGUUAG